ACAGCUUAUAUACGCGCAGCGUGACGUCACCGUCUCGCGAGAUGAGACUUGUGACGUCCAGAUUGGCAGUCCGACAGAAGUAAACGAGCUACACUUUGAAACAGCGAUCCGGGUCUGUGGGCUGUGUCAAGGAAAUCAGGACAACCCCAGGAAAAGCAGACAGUUGGGUUGUACGAGAGAUAUAUUUAUGUUUAAACAUAAGCGCGGAAGACCACUUGUUUUGCCUUGUGGAGGAUCUAUGGGAUACCUUGGAUACUGGGGCGAUUUUGAGCAGGGUCAUGCUGGGUAGCAGAUCUGGGUGUUACUACCCCUGAAGCCACCUGUCAGGCUUUAAUGUAGAGUGUUCUGUCUAGUCUGUAAGUGACUGGCUGUCUUUUAUACAUAACACUGCGAGAAAACGUCCAUUUCUCCGAUAUUGUCCUUGUCACGUUUAUCCGGAGAGCCUAGUCAGUUGCUUCUCACUCUCCACCCCAAGCGGGAUGUUUUCCCGAAGAGGCCAUGGAGACCUCAAGAAAUCUACACAGAAAGUUCUGGACCCAAAGAAGGACGUAGCCACCCGGCUGAAGCACCUGCGGGCUGUGUUAGAUAAUCAGGAGUCGAGUGAACUGAAGCAGUUUUUUGAAGCUUAUUAUUCUCACAUUUAUUUUAUCUUCUAUGAAAAUUUCAUUACACUGGAAAGUAGCUUAAAGCUAAAAGGGAAUAAAUCACAGAGGGAGGAGCUGGACUCCAUUCUCUUUCUUUUUGAAAAAAUUCUACAACUACUACCUGAACGGAUAUUUUAUCGCUGGCAGUAUCACAGCAUAGGAUCAGUUUUAAAAAAGCUUUUACACACUGGAAACUCUAUAAAGAUACGUUGUGAAGGAAUGCGACUCUUUCUCCUUUGGCUUCAAGCGCUGCAGACCAACUGUGGAGAGGAACAGGCACUAAUAUUUGCAUGCCUUGUGCCCGGCUUUCCUGCUGUAAUGUCGUCAUGUGGUCCCUGCACACUGGACAAACUUAUAAACCCUACUUACAAUUUACCAGAUGGUAAAAUUCUACCUGAGGAAAUAACACCACUAUUGCCUGCUGUGUCUGGUGAAAAAAAUCCUGAAGACCUGAGCUGCUUUUUCUUAGAAUUGCUGUUAAAAUAUAUGGUACUCCAGGCUGCAAGCUUAUCAUGGAGAAACAAAGAAAACCAGGACACAGGCUUCACGUUUCUUUUUAACAUGUUAAGAAAGUAUUAUCUGCACCACUUAUUUCCAUCCUUUACUAAAUUAACCAACCUUUACAAGCCUGUACUUGAUAUUCCUGAUGUCAGACCAAAGCCAGUAUAUGUCACUUUAACCCGGAAUAAUGAAAACCUUUAUAGCACAAAAAUUCCGCACAUAGCAGCUAGAGUUCUGUUUAUAAAGUGGCUUGUCACAUUCUUUCUGGAAAAGAAAUAUGUAAUAUCUUCUCAAAGCACCAAAAAUGGGGGAGGAGAUGUUUUACCUAAGAUCAUGCAGUCUGUAUCUGUGGCUAACGUCAACCAAGAAAAGAAUCCUGAACUGGAGAGCAACAGUGGCCCAGCUGAGCAAGAAAAGAACCACUCAAAUAGCAGUACCCUGUCGGAUAGAAGGGCCAGCAACUCCAGCCUGUGUAGUAUUGAGGAGGAUCAGAAAAGCGUAUACGAAAUGGUGCAGAGAAUCCUGCUCUCUACGCGAGGCUAUGUCAAUUUUAUCAAUGAGGUGUUUAGGCAGGCAUUUCUCUUGCCCGCCUGUGAUGUAUCUGCCACCAAGAAGGUUGUAAAAGUAUACAGAAAAUGGAUCCUGCAAGACAAGCCCAUAUUUAUGGAGCAGCCUACAAAGACCUCUAGCGACCACGAGAAUUUUCCAGUUCUGGAAUCCGCUGUUAUAGAGACGGAUAGUAAACAGGUCUCUGAACAAAGUGGGCACAAACGCUCUUCUAGCUGGGGAAGGACAUACUCUUUCACCAGUGCUGUGAGCAGAGGUUGCGUGUGUGAAGAUGAGAACAUGGAUGUACAAGCUGGGGAUCAAGCUUCAUUGCAGGUGUUCCUAACCAAUUCGGCAAAUGUGUUUCUGCUGGAACCUUGUCCAGAGGUCCCCAUGCUCUUGGAGGAACAAGUUGAAGCCUGCAAAUCUGUUCUAAGUAUUUACAGGCGCAUGAUCAUGGAUCUUGCUAUGGACAAGAAAACAUGGGAGCAAAUGCUGCAGAUAUUGCUGAGGAUAACAGAAGCUGUUGUUCAGAAACCAAAAGAUAAUCUGAAAAAGGACCUCUUUUCUCAGGACCUGGCCGGUGUUCUAUUCCGGACUCUCAUUGUAGCGUGGAUUCGAGCCAAUCUGUGUGUUUAUAUAUCUCGAGAUUUGUGGGAUGAACUGCUGAGCGUCCUGUCCUCACUUACUGACUGGGAAGAACUGAUAAAUGAGUGGUCAAAGAUCAUGGAUUCUCUCACUGCAGUGCUGGCCAGGACGGUGUAUGGUUUAGAUAUGAACAGCUUACCUCUAGACAAGCUCAGUGAGCAAAAGGAGAAAAAACAAAGAGGCAAAGGUGGCUUCCUGGAUGCUCCGAAAGGAGCUGCUGUUGGCAGGUCAUUUUCGCUUAGUUGGAGGAGCAAUCCUGAUUCUCAUGAACCUAUGAGAUUUCGGAGUGCCACCACCUCAGGAGCACCUGGGGUGGAGAAAGCAAGGAACAUUGUGCGGCAGAAAGCAACAGCUAAGCGAAGCCAAUCUAUCAGCAACUGUGUGCAUCUCUAUGAGGCAUUGCCAGCAGCUAAAAGUGUCCCUCACCUUCUUCACACUGUGAGCUCUCUUUUACCUGGUAUUUCUUCUUCUUGCUCUCAAAGGCUUUCAGAAGUUGAUGAGAUACAGCCUCAGGAAGGAGCUCCAGGAUCUGAAUCUUGUUUUGAAAAUUGGGAACAAGAAGCACAGGAAUUAGCACGUAGUAGCAGUACACCUGACUUAGCAGAACCAUAUCCUGACCUUACUCCAGGUCAGAAAAUUGACUGCCCUAUAAGUGAAAGUUCUACUGACUCUACAUUUGUCCAAGAAUCUACUGGAAGGGGAAAGAGCGAUAAUGAGGCUCCUACGAUAUUUGUAGAGAGAAGCAGUAGCCCUGUUGAACUGGAGUGGACUACUACUGAUUCUCAGUCUUCAAAUGGAAGAACUGCUUAUCAUGAGAAAGGGGAGAGUGUAAGCAGCGAUAUUGCUAAUGGGUAUAUUAAGGAUGGUGAGAUUUGUCUGAUGCCUUGGCAGAGUAGUGAGGAAGAUCAUGAAGUAAAUACACCAAUUGACAUGGGUAUUGAUCAUGAUGCGAGACAGUGGCUUCAGCUCAGUCCAGCGGAGCCAACUCCGCUCACAGAUAGCAUUGAGUGUCUUGCUGGGGACUGCAGCAUAAUUGCUGGUGGGAACUUAACUGGAUGGCAUCCGGAUUCUGCAGCUGUCUUAUGGAGAAGAAUUUUGGGAAUUCUCGGUGAUGUGAAUAACAUCCAGUCUGCAAAAAUCCAUGCCAGAGUUUUUGUCCAUCUCUAUGACCUGUGGUAUAAACUGGCAAAGAUUAGAGACAAUCUGUCAAUCAGUUUGGACAAUCAGUCUUCUCCUGCACCACCUGUAUUGAUUCCACCACUGCGAAUGUUUGCAUCAUGGUUAUUUAAGGCUACAACCUUGCCAAAUGAGUACAAGGAAGGAAAGCUGCAAGCUUACAAACUGAUUUGCAGUAUGAUGACCCGCCGACAAGAUGUGCUCCCAAAUUCAGAUUAUUUGGUUCAUUUUCAUCUCAUCAUGCACGCUGGGUUAAAUAGUGAUGAUCAGGAUAUAUUGAAUACAGUCAUAAGGCAUUGUCCAUCUCGUUUCUUCUUCCUCGGCCUACCUGGAUUCACCAUGCUCAUAGGGGACUUCAUCACGGCUGCUGCCCGGGUACUAAGUGCAGACAUGCUGGAUGCUCCACGACUGGAAGCUCAGACUAUCCUGGGGUCACUUGUUUGCUUUCCAAAUGUGUAUAAAGAUCUCCCAUUACUUGGGUCUUCAACGGGUGAAACGGAUACCAGCACAGAACAUAAAGAUAUUAAGAGCUAUUUAAUUGAUAAACUCUUGAAGAAUGCCAAAGACGAGCCUGCAGAAGUAGCUAGGUGUAUUGCAAUCUGCUCUCUUGGCCUGUGGAUUUGUGAGGAACUUGUACAGAACACCAAUCAUCCUCAGAUUAAGGAUGCUAUUAAUGUCAUAGGAGUAACAUUAAAGUUUCCCAACAAAACAGUGGCUCAGAUGGCAUGCGAUGUCCUUCAGCUGUUGGUUUCAUACUGGCGUGAACUCCAGAAUACGGAUUUACCUUUGUCCAGGAAAAUUACCGAAAUUCUUGUAGCUACGAUUUCAUUCCUUUUACCAAGUGCUGAAAAUUCCUCUGUGGAGAUGGAUAAAAAGCUCAUUGUGUCACUCCUGCUAUGCCUUUUGGAUUGGUGCAUGGCUCUGCCUCUUGACAUCUUGUUAGAACCAAUAUCUACCUUUGCAAUUGAUGAAUUUCAUUCACCCAAAGCAUCUCUCCUUGACUACAUAUACAGGGUCCUGCACUGCUGCGUUUGUGGAUCCAAUACAUAUACUCAGCAAAGUCAGUACAUUUUAAGUCUGGCAGACCUCUCCUCCAUGGACUAUGAUCCUUUUCUGCCUCUGGGGAAUGUGAAAAACUCAGAGCCACAACAGUUCUUUUCCACUUUUGAACUAGGUGAUCUCCUCACUGUUGUAGAAGAGAAGAAAAGAAGAAACUUGGAGCUUAUACCUUUAACUGCACGUAUGGUCAUGACCCACCUUGUCAAUCACUUGGGACAUUACCCGCUGAGUGGGGGCCCAGCAGUUUUACACAGCUUAAUCAAUGAGAAUCAAGAUAACCCAUAUGUUGAAGCAUCUGAGCUUUCUAAUGACGUUUUCAGAAGUCCUAACUUGCAGCUAUUUGUAUUCAACGAUAGUACACUUAUAUCUUAUUUGCAGAUCCCUGCAGAAAACACCAUUGGUCAGGACCCAUCAGGGGUUCCUGGUGAUGUCCGAAUUAUUGUCAGGGAUAUCUCAGGGAAGUAUUCUUGGGACGCUGGAAUAAUGUAUGGACCACUUGAAUGCAAUACUAUACUCAAAAUGGAGCAAAAAGUUCUAAAUGUUUCUCAGGAUCUUGUAGAGCCGUGUGUAUGUAAAACAGCGGUAGUUGAUGGUGAAGGAGAGGAUUUGUUGGAUACAUUCUUGGAACAGCUCGGAAAUAUAAGUCCAGAGUGCCUACUUCAGCCAGAAUCAAAGCUGAAUGAACCUGCCUCACCUCCUUAUGGAAUGAAUCGAGAGCAAGAGGAGGCGAUCAUCCAGGCAAUUAACAGACAGAGUGCACACGAGGCACAGCAUGUACAAAUGUGCAACUCUGACCCCGGUGUGAAAGUUGCUUAUCAGGAACAGCCACGCACAACGCAACCUCAAGCCCCAUUUUAUUUCUGUAGGCUUUUACUAAACGAUUUGGGAAUGAAUUCCUGGGAGAGAAGGAAGAAUUUUCACCUGCUAAAGAAAAAUGCCAAGCUCUUGAGGGAACUAAAGAAUCUGGACUCAAGACGGUGCCGUGAAACACACAAGAUUGCAGUGUUUUAUAUUGCUGAAGGACAAGAGGAUAAGCGUUCCAUUCUCUCAAACAGUGCUGGAAGCAAGGCCUAUGAAGAUUUUUUAGGAGGACUUGGAUGGGAGGUUGACCUUUCUACUCAUUGUGGAUUCAUGGGUGGUUUACAGCGGAAUGGAAGUACUGGACAAACUGCUCCAUAUUAUGCUACCUCUACAGUAGAAGUGAUUUUUCAUGUGUCUACUCGAAUUGUGUCCGAUUCUGAUGACUCGCUGACCAAAAAGCUGCGUCAUUUGGGGAAUGAUGAAGUACAAAUUGUAUGGUCGGAACAUACCAGGAACUACAGGAAGGGUAUUAUACCCACUGACUUUGGAGAUGUUUUAAUUGUUAUCUACCCUAUGAAGAAUCAUUUGUUUUUCAUAGAGAUAAUGAAGAAACCACAGGUGCCGUUUUUUGGUCCACUUUUCGAUGGUGCAAUUGUAACAGAGAAGCUCCUGCCUACACUUGUUUGUGCUACCUGUAUCAAUGCCAGCAGAGCUGUCAAGUCCCGUUUACCUCUCUACCAGAGCUUUUAUGAAGAAAGGGCUCUGUACCUCGAAGCAAUAAUCCAUAAUUUCAGAGAAGUGAUGACGUUUGAGGAUUUUGCAGCUCAGGUGUUUUCUCCGUCACCCACAUACUCUCCAGGAGGAUUGGGACUCCUGGCAAGUACAAGCGCAGACCUGGCCGGAGCCGAGACAGUGGAACCCUCCUCUCCAACACUAAGCCGCGCCUCCAAGAGCAAAGUGUCGGGGAAGCUCCGCCGCUCUGCCAGCGCUAUCAGCAAAUCUUCCAAUUGAAGCACUUUUUAUAUGGAACUUUAUUCAAGAGAUGUUUUUAAAUGAAAAUAAGUGCAUUAAAAAAAAAUAGACAUUUUAAUAUGGUUGAGGUGUGCAAUGUCGUAGUUGAUGUCUAGCGGGGGCAGGACCCCCUUGGGUGGGUUAGAGUAGAAGCCACCCACUAGACACUAAGAUAUAAUACAAUUACUGGCAUAGUAUUGACUGUUGGAAGGAAUUGGCUGCUGAAGCGCAAAGAAGCGGCAGCACUGAUGUAGAGGGGCCAGACAAGGAUCACGUCAUGCACAAAAAUUAUCUACGAAAUGUCUUAAGCGAACUCUGGCUCCACUUUUUGUUGCCUCGCAUUUUCAUGGCUGCACUGUUAUCUGAUUUACAAUAUCAACACUGAAUCAUGGAUGAGAUGCUCUUUGGUCUUUCUAAAAUCCAAAUGUGUCUUUGGUUCCCUCUAGGCCCAAAAUAUGAAGGUGGUUUGAGGAGCAUUUUGUCAUCAAUAAACCACCAAAUAUUGUACAUGUGAAUCCAUUGGCUCCCCGACCAGGCCACACCAGGUACCUCUGAGCUCAUCCAAGACUACUGCAUUCCUAAUACUCUUGGUGCUCUCUAGCCGUUGGUUUGCAUGCUUCAAGCACACAUUUGUGCAUUUUAUUGUUUUAUUUCAGAUCCUUAAUGGUCAAUCAGAGUAUUUGGGUGAGGGCUGUUGUGUUUUAAUGUUCAUGUCAAUUGCCUUUUUUUAUGUUGUCGUCAAGACCAAUUGUUGUAUCGUUUUUUUACUGUGAUUUUGUUUGGGGAUUCUUUAUGCACUUGUGAUUCUUUAUUUAAGAGUAAAUCGUAUUCAGGUCUAAGAGAAUAUGUUCUUUGUAAAGAGUCUGUUCUCGUGAAGCAGAGCAACCUUAAGUUCUAAUUUUGUCUAUUUUCUUCUUGGUGAACCUUGUAUAUGUGAAAUUCUAUGGAUCAGGAGCAGUUUAGGGAAGGGUGUUUCUGGGGCAAAAAAAAAAUUUUAUGUUGUUUUGCAGUUUUUAAAUCAAGGGAUCAGCAAUGUUUAACUUGGGCUUUUCUGAUUUUUUUUAGAUAUUUUUUUUUUCCCUCUCAAGAUUGCUUUGCCAAGGGACCAAUCUUAUGCAACUUCACCCUCCUCCCCUUCUAAGUAAGAUUGUCAGAUUAUUUCUUGCCGCCAGUCAGGAACUUGGUAUGGAUAGACAAUAUACUGCACCCCAAGCAAAUGCACCAGAUGUCUGUGCACAGCCUAACCUGCUGCUUCUAUAUCCAUGCCUGGAAGACACCAGGCAUGGUUUCUACCAUUAAAGUGGACCUGUCACCCAGACAUAAAAAUCUGUAUAAUAAAAGUUAAUUUCAAAUUAAACAUGAAAUCCAAAUUCUUUUUUUUAAUAAACAAUUCAUAGCUG